AAGUCGGGAGCGCGCCUGUCUGGCCAGUCUUACUGUCGUCGAAGGAGACGCGCGUUGUUUGGGUGAUUUAACUGGCAGGAGACGCAGUAGCGGCAUUAGCCUCGAGCGAAAAGUUUUUCUGGCACAAAAACUAUCGCUGCAGCUCGCACGUAAAGAAGAUUAACGGGACCUGUGGUGGGAUAAAACUGCGAGCUCUGAAGAAAGGACAGCAAGCGAAAAUGCCGCUUAUUUCCCUGUGUGCCGGAGUCCUGCUCCUGCUCGGCUCGGCGGUCAUCGCUCAAGUCGCAGGUAAUUGUGGACCACCUCCAGUGAUUCCUAAUGUUGUGCUCAAAUCUGAAUAUAUGGACAAGCAAGAGUUUCCUGAAAACAGCAGAGUUGUUUUCACCUGUGAACCUGGGUACCAACGAUCAAGAGGGGUAUAUGUUACUUAUUGUCGCAAUGGCCAAUGGACAGUGAAUCUGAAAUGUGAACGAAAGUCUUGUGGCUCUUCAGAGGACCUCAUGAAUGGGUACUUUGAAUAUGAGGGGAUCUUAUUUGGAGAUAAGGCUCAAGCAGUCUGCAAUGAGGGAUUUCAUUUGGUUGGUAAAGGUUACAGAACAUGUCUUGCCAAUGGGCAAUGGGAGGAUUACAUGCCAUUCUGUGAAGUUUCUCAAUGUCCAGAACCACCCGAGAUCCCUAAUGCUGAAAUCAUUACUCCACCUUUAAACUCUUACAGUUACAGCACAGUUGUCAUUUACCGGUGUAUCAGAGGACAGUUACUUGACAAUAAGGAACUAGUGUGUGAUGAAGCUGGAAACUGGACUGGAACGAUACCUGUGUGCAAAGAGGUGAAUUGUCCCAAUCCUUCUUUGCCCAAUGGCAGGAAGACUGCAGGAUUUGGACCAUUUUAUCGGUAUGGUGAUUUUGUCAGCUUUGCGUGCAAUUCUGGAUAUGAGCUUCAAGGAUCCAGUAGGGUUUCUUGUCAGCAGAAUAGUCAAUGGGAGCCUUCCAUCCCCACAUGCAUUAAAACUUCUUGUCCAAGUCCACCUGAUAUUGAACAUGCACACCCAGUCUUUGGAAAUGCAGUUCCAACGAAAUAUACUAAAGGUGUGAAAAUUAACUAUGAGUGUGACCAAGGAUAUAUCGGAAUCGGUGUAAGCAGACUUGUGAACUGCACAGAGCAACUAGAGUGGACCAAGCCAAAGUUCACCUGCAUUCGCUAUUGUGGCCCUCCUCCUAGGAUAGCUAAUGGAAAGGCUGAUGGAAAGAAGUAUAUAUACGGAUCAAAAAUUACAUAUACUUGCAACAAGGGGUUCACAUUGGUAGGAAACUCUAUGAUAACCUGUACCCAGAAUGGCUGGAGUAGCAGACCCCCAUACUGCGAAGGUAAAUGUCCGAAGCCGUUCGUUCCAAAUGCAUAUCUGAAGGCAUCACAGGGAACAAUGUUUACUGUUGGAAAUAAAUUGGUGUUCAAAUGCAACACUGGUUAUGUAGUGGAGGAGAACCAUCUUAAAAUAACCUGCCUGCCCAACUUAACAUGGUCUGACCCGGGCAAAGUCUGUCAACUCAAGUCCUGUGGACAACCUACAGAGGUGCAAAAUGCAACGCUUCAUAUCAGUGGAACCAGAUUUAAUGAUACAGUCUUGUAUACCUGCCAUGAUGGGUCAGUUUAUAUUGCUUUUGUAAACAUUUGAUGUACUACUUUGUUA